UAAACCGCUAAGAUUCGACCCAAUUAAGUGUGAACAAAGGGGAAGUGCUUUCCAUGCAGUCGGUUCCAGUGUUUAUAUAUAGCGAAACCUGGAUGGUUAAAUAACCUGUCCUGUUAACCGCGCGUGAACUACAUAACAGUGCAGGGCUGAAAGCACUGACCCUAAAUAACCUAAAAGUAACUCGUCUUCGAGAUACCUGGGCAAGUCAAUCAGCGGUCAACAACACGAAUGAAGAAGCAUCUUAUCAUCAAUGCUGAUGACUUUGGUUACUGUGAGGAGAGGAACAAAGGCAUUGUAGAAUGUUACAAGGCAGGGGCUGUUACAAGUACAACCUUGAUGGUCAGUGGUCAAGCUGCCCAGCAAGCUGCUGAACUUAUCUCUGAGUACAAUAUACCUGUUGGUUUGCACUUCAACAUAACUGAGGGGCAGCCGGUUUGCCAGUCAUUUCAGAACAGUGGCUGCACAUUCACAGAUGCAAAUGGUUGGAAAUUAGGAAAGAUGGGCUUCAGAGAAGCUUUACAAGCACAGAAAGUGGAUAUGAAAGAGGUGAAGUUAGAAUUAGAAAGUCAGCUCGAGAAGUUCCAGUCUUUGUGUGGUCAGCUUCCACAUCAUGUAGAUGGACAUCAGCAUGUCCACACCCUGGAUGGAGUGAGGAAAGUGUUUGCUGAAGUCCUAUCUAGUCACAACAUUUCCUGCACCAGACUUCCAGUGGAGGAUCUCUCUGCACCCUGGCUUAACAGUGACUGGAAACAAUUCUUAACUUCAGUAGUGAACAGUGCAGUAGAAACCAAGGAAUUGUUUUAUCAGAAUGGAAUCAGGUCAACUGAUUAUUUCCUGGGCAUGACCACCAUGGGCAAUGAAAUGACUGAGGAACGAAUCCAGAGUGCAUUGAAAGCAAUUUUUUCACCAGAUAAUAACAUUAAUAAGAAUAAAUCUUUGGUGUCGUGUGAACUAAUGGUCCACCCUGGGUAUCCAAAUUUAGACCCCCAAGGUGGCUGUGGGGAAGGCCCAGAUGACUUUGCUAAGUCAACAGACAGAUUGCAUGAAGUUCAAGUUCUUACAAGUCCAGCCAUGAGACAGUUCUAUAAAGAGCAAGGUAUAGAACUGAUCUCAUUUCAAGAUUUGUGAGGAAAAGGCAUGAAGUUAAAGUAAAUAGAAAUGCAGUAUUGUCAUAAUUUUACAGGGAACACAACAAACUGAACUGAUCUCAUUUACUUUGAAGGAAACUAUUGUAAUUUGCCAAUAGUAUACAGUACCUGUAUCAAUGUUUUUUUUUUUUUGUUAUGAAAUAGUCUAGUCUUCAACUGGCACUCUGUUACCAUUAUAUCCUUUUUAGAAUAAUCAGACAUACAUUAAAAAUAAAGAUAUUCAUUUUUACAUUUUAUUGUGAUUGUGGCAAAGACAUACACCACUUGUCAUUGCUGUUUUAAUGUAAAUUUACUUUCAUAUAAGUUCUGUGAUAUAUGUAGAAAAUAUUUCAUUUCAAAAUUAUUUAAAACAGGAUACUGAAACACACUGAUACACAGGUCAUGUAUGUGUAAUCAG